ACACAGAUAAGCGUCUAUACUUCCAGUUCAUUUUGAUCAGUUGUAGUGAACAUAUCGUUGAUUUGUUCGUAACAAAUUUUGAAAAAAAGAAAAAGUUUUUGCAUGUAGAAAAAGAAUCAAAAAUAAUAGUUUUUGUAAAAUGCGGUUACACACGAUUAUUCCAAACUUUAGCGCCGAAACCACCAUAGGACCAAUAAAAUUUCACGACUGGCAGUGUGAUUCAUGGGUCGUGUUGUUUUCGCAUCCGCAUGAUUUUACUCCAGUAUGUACGUCGGAAUUGUGUGAAAUUGCUUUGCUAGAAGAUCAAUUUGCUAGGCGAAAUGUUAAGCUCCUGGCUCAUUCAGUGGAUGACCUUGAAUCUCACCUCGAAUGGCUGAAAGAUAUCAAAUCAUCGUGUCUGGGUGAAGUCAGUAAAUUUCCUUAUCCAAUUAUCGCUGAUCCAACGCGUUAUCUUGCAGUCGCUUUAGAGAUGAUUGAUGAAGAACAAAAGAAUGAUAUCGAAGUUGCACGGACCAUACGCGCUCUGUACAUUAUUGACCCAAAACAUCGCUUGAGAGCUCUAAUUAUGUACCCCGAAUUAAUUGGCAGAAACAGUCUUGAAAUCUUACGAGUGGUCGACUCAUUGCAGCUGACCGAUAAGAACCCAUACAUCGCCACACCAGCUAAUUGGCAACCGGGUGAUAAAGUUGUAAUUUUGCCACACGUCGAUGAAAAGUUAGCUGACAGAGUUUUUCCAAAUGGUAUCGAUCGCGUUGGUGUACCAUCCGGUAAAAACUAUAUUCGUACCACCAAAGACUACAGAAUGUGACAUAUUUAUCUACCGUUAAGAUUGGCGGGUUCCGUAGUAACAACGAAUAAACUCUGAACAAAGAAUUAUGAACAAAAGUGAACAAAAAUGACAAAAAUUACUCAAUAAUAAUUCGCUUUUAAUUUGAUAAACUCCAACUCAUGAGUUUAGUUGUUUUUGUUCUUUUAUCUAAUCGUAUGACAUUGAUCUUGAUUGUAUCAGCUAAAUUGCAAUUGAAAUAGAAUGUGGUAAUCAAUUUUAA